AUACAUUCCUGUCAAUCUCACAAAGGUUGUUAUGUAGUGUCAGGGGAUAACCAUUUGUAUUUGUUUUUGGCCGUAAGGAUGAAGGGGUCGCUGCAAUGUUUCACGGUUCUGCUGCUUAGUGGACUUUGCUCUGCUGGGCCGGCAGGGAAAGAGUUUGCCACAGCCUUCAUGCAAAAUUAUAUUGAAGACUAUAAAGGCUCAAGCUUUAAGAUUGAAGUGGCAUCUCCCCCCACCUCCCUCCAACCCACUAAGGUCAAGGUAACUGCCCUUGGGAAGGUCUAUGAGAAGACAGUUGACCCUGGUAAAAGCGUGUCCUUUGACUUACCCAAAGGAGUAGAGAUGAUUGGCAGUAAAAAGAACCUCCCCACUGUCCUGAUCGAAGCUUCCCAGGAGGUCACAGUGUUGUCACUCAACUACAAAAAGGAAACUGCUGACACCUCUGUUGUCUACCCCGUGAAGGACUGGGGAACAGAGUACUUCAUCUUCACCCCCAUGUCGACCGCUGGUGAUAGGUUCUCCAAAGAGUUUUCCAUCAUCAACUACAAAGAGAAGAACUUUGGGGUUGAGGUCUAUCUGACUGGCCCGGUGACAUUCCAAAGGCAAAAGUAUUUUGCAGGAAGCAAGCUGACAAUCGAUCUUUUGCCCUUUGAGAGUGUACAGAUUCAGAGCCAGUUUGAUCUGAGUAGCACCAAAGUGAUCUCUAAGUUUCCAGUAGGAGUUCUCUCAGGACACAGCUGUACUAAGAAAUAUACUGGCUGCAACCAUGUCUAUGAGCAGCUCCAGCCCGUUAAGAGUUGGGGGAAGGAAUUCAUUGUUGCACCACUGCCUUUCCAUAAAGACAUCAACAGAUAUGAUAGUCUUUAUAUCCAAACAUCUCAGUUCACUCAAGUCAAAGUCAUUCAAACUGGUAUCGAUUUCCUUACACUACCAAUGUUCCCAGGACAAUCAUUGGAGCUCAUUGUCACCUGGCCAAAUUCCUAUUACUUGAGUGCUGACAAAGGCAUUCAGGUCCUGUAUGAGUUCAACGGAGGUGACAUAGGAAAGAAGCAAUACUACGACCCUUUUCUGUUCACCAUUCUACCAACUGAUCAAUUCAGCACUUCAUACUCUCUAGAAGGGCAAGCUGGCUUCCACAACAUGUUCGUAAUGGUGGCUCUUACCAAGGACCUGGGUGGGUUCACGGUAGACAAGCUCCCAAUGCCCUUAAAAAUUGAGUGGCACAAAGUGGACGGAACUGAGUACUCAUGGGCUGAGGUCUUGUAUGGUACUGGAGCUAGCUUCCACCAGAUAGCCCACGCUAACUCCCCAUUCGCUAUCUACAGCAUUGGUGGAGCUUAUGCCAAUGGCUAUGGAUCGCCUGCCUCUGGUAACCCAGAUGCCCCUGAAUGCCCAGAGAACAGCCACUAUGAGGUGUGUGGAAGGGGCUGUCCUGCCACCUGUGAAGACCCAGAAGGUCCCUCCAUGUGCAAUACCAGUUGUGUGAAGAGCUGUAUGUGUGACAAGGGCUAUGUGCUUAAUGGAAAAAAGUGUGUGCCCCUGUCACAAUGUGGUUGUCUUUACAAUGAUAAAUACUACAAAAAUGGCCAAGUCUUCCAUCCCAAUGGGCUCUGUCAGGAGGAGUGCACAUGCAAUGGCAAGGUGAAGUGUGUGAAGUUCAGCUGUGGUCCCCAUGAGACGUGUGAGGUGAAGAAUGGGGUAAGGCAUUGCCAGGCUGUUGGAAAGGGAGUCUGCACCAUCUCAGGUGACCCACAUUACAAGACCUUUGACAACAGCUUAUAUGACUUCCAAGGUACCUGCACCUACACUGCAGCUCAAGGCUGCUAUCUAGAGGGCACACGCCUCAACCCCUUCUCUGUUGUGGUGGAGAAUGAGAAAUGGUACGCCAUGUCAAAUAAUCCAAAGGUGUCUGUUGCCAAGCUUGUGGCUGUAGAAGUCUAUGGUAAUACCCUGGUUCUAAGGAAGAAUCAAGCAGGAAUGAUAAUGGUAAAUGGAAUUAUGAUGAGCCUCCUGUGAAUCUUAACAAUGGAGCAGUGCAGGCCUACCAAGAGGGCACCUAUGAUGUCAUCACAACAGACUUCGGCCUGAGAGUCACCUAUGACCUUGUGUACCACAUCAUUGUCACCGUCCCUGGCAACUACCGGGGCAAGACCUGUGGUCUGUGUGGCAAUUUCAACGAUAACAAGAAUGAUGAGUUUCAACUGCCUGAUGGGAAAUUAACCAAGGACCUCCUGACCUUUGGCGCAGCCUGGAAGAUCAGUGUGCCACAUGUGGUUUGUGAGGAUGGCUGCAGCGGAGACUUCUGCCCCAAGUGUGAGGCAAAGAAGAAACUCAUAUUUGAGGCUGACUGUAGCAUCAUCACAAACCCUCAAGGUCCCUUCGUCGCCUGCCACAAUGUGAUAGACCCCACC